UGCUUUACCCUCUGCUGCCAGUCAGAUGUGUGGCUCAGAGGGGUCACCGCUACGGUCAUACGUGUGUGUGCAGCCCAGUGUUUACCCUCUGCUGCCAGUCAGAUGUGUGGCUCAGAGGGGUCACCGCUACUGUCGUACGUAUGUGUGCAGCCCAAUGUCUCCAGAGAAACGUACCUCCUGGAAAAGGGGGCGUGUUCCAUUACCGUGUUCUGGGUUCUAACCGUCCUGCCGUUGUGUCCUCAGCCCCCUCCUCUGCUGUCCCCGCUCCAGGACAGCCCCCCCCCCAUGGCACGCCUCAGGCAGGCCGACUCCAGACGCGACUCGGGGUCCGACGGCGUGCCCCCCGGCUCCUCCCCCCCGGACGGGAGGCCCCGCCCAGCCAGAAAGGAGGCGGUGCUGAAGAACGUGGAGCUGUGGGCCGCUCUGGUGCGGGGGGCGGCGGGGCCCGGGCCGGGGGCCCCUGGCGCCCGGUCCUCCAGGGACAGCUUCCAGAAGUUCAGGAGGGCGGCGCUGCAGAAGGAGGAGCGGGAGAAGGCCCUCAGGGACCCCGGCAGGCCCAGGUAG